AGCUACAAGACAAGGGGACCGCCCUCUGCGUUUCAGCCCUUGGUCCUUGGCGCGGUGCCAGUGCGUCUCAAACACGGGCCGAGCAAGGCCGAGGAUGGCUGGCACGCAGGCGGGCAGGCGGCAAGGCGGGCGCCCAACCAAAGGGAAUCCGACGUCCGACUUUUCUCGUCCGAGUUUGAGGCAAGCAAGAGUUGGCCCUCAAAUCCAGCCAUGGUCAUCGAGACUGACAUUGCAAACGGGAGAGGCGGGACUCGGGCGGCCAAUGCGACGUUGCGACGUAGUUGCGGCGCAAUGUGAAGAUGGAGAGGGUGAAAUUCAGUUCAAAGGGCUCGAAUUUCAUGACGAAGCGGCGUUACCGAGGCGGAACUCAUCAUGUGGCUCCCCGAUGCACUGUCAGGCAGGCAAGCAGCCCGGGGCUGAAUUGCAUCAGGCAUGCUAUCCUCAUUUGGGACUGUGGCCCUUUUGGCGAGCCCCCUCGCUGCCUUUGUCUUGUGUGUCAGUACGACAUUUAUUUGACUCGCGGCUUGUUCUGUCGAGUUGUGGCUCGGCUAGAUUUUUCGAUGAGCCUCCAAUUGCGUCUCAUCUCGGCAAAGCCCUCGUCGCGUGCCUGCCCGCUGCGCCCUUUCCCCACCGCUCCCGUCUAGCAACACACAUGCCUGCCGAGCAAGGCGUACUCAUGCCGAGCCAAGAAAAGGAAGCUCUCCUACGUGGAUCGCCGAUGGAGUGUGAUGACCGCGCAUUGCCGAGAGUAGAGCAAGCUGCGUUCUAAACUUGCUCAAUACAAGCAAGCACGCCGGAUGUGUUGCACCGGUCAUGCUGAGCAUAGCGCCUGCAGCACCGCCAUGGUGGACCUGAACAGAUCGACGAGCCGAGCUCAGCAUUGAAGAAGGCGCGCCGGCAGAUGAGCGAAGCAAGGCCACCCUACUUUACACGCCCUACACGGCCAAUCCAUGCACGCGUCUGAGACAACCUCCGCCCAUUCAGCUGAUAUGAGCAUCGCUUAGCAACCGAGAGUCGGACAGCUUCAUUGAUCCUAACCCUACGGAGCCCCAGGCAAUGACAGUGUAGCGAACUGGAAUGUAUCGCGUCGUGCGACCAAUACUUGCUCCGAAAUCUAGUACGCCUUGCUCAGGGCUGUGUAGCCCAAUGACAUAUGAGCACUCCCGUUUGCAAGUCGGGCUUC